AUGAAUGGGGAGGCCAUGGAGGGGAACCCUGCACAGGAGCAGGAACACGCCGGUAACGGCUCCCACCUCCCUCCCCCUCCCACCAUCACGCCAGCCAUCCCCCCCUAUGUGAAGCUGGGUCUGACCAUCGCCUACACCAUCUUCUACUCGCUGCUCUUCACCUUCAUCUACGCCCAGCUCUGGCUGGUGCUGCGGUACCGACACAAGCGCUUCAGCUACCAGACGGCCUUCCUGUUCCUGUGUCUGCUGUGGGCCGCCCUGCGCGCCCUCCUCUUCUCCUUCUACUUCAGAGACUGUGUGACCGCCAACGCGCUCGGACCCUUCGCCUUCUGGCUGCUCUACUGCUUCCCCGUCUGCCUGCAGUUCUUCACGCUCAGCCUCAUGAACCUCUACUGUGCACAGGUUUACUUUAAAGCGAAGUCCAAGUAUGCACCUGCACUGCUCAAGUACAGACUCCCUCUGUACCUGGUCUUCCUGGGCGUCAGUCUCCUCUUCCUGGUAGUUAAUCUGGUCUGUGCCCUGCUGGUCAAGAUGACGGCCGCCGACGUCAAGACCAUCGUCCUGGUGAGGGUCACCAUUAACGACAGCCUGUUUGUCCUCUGCGCCGUCUCGCUGUCCGUCUGCCUCUACAAGGUCGCCAAGAUGUCACUGGCCAACAUCUACCUGGAGUCAAAGGGGACGUCGGUGUGUCAGGUGACCCUGAUCGGCAUCAUGGUGGUGUUGCUGUACGCGUCUCGAGCCUGCUACAACCUGGUCGUGCUCGCACUCACCGACAUCGAGACCAUCAACUCCUUCGACUACGACUGGUACAACGUCUCAGACCAGGCGGACCUUCGGUCGUCACUGGGAGACGCUGGUUACAUCGUGUUUGGGGUGAUUCUGUUCGUCUGGGAGCUGCUGCCCACCUCGCUGGUGGUCUUCUUCUUCAGGGUGCGACGGCCGCCUCAAGACAGGAACUCCGCUGGGAUACCAAACCACAUUCUCUCCUCCAGAGGAUAUUUCUUCGACAACCCGCGUCGGUACGACAGCGACGACGACCUGGCGUGGAGCAUUCCUCCCCAGAAUGCAUCAGCGAGUCUUUCCUCCGACUGGAGCAGCCGCCACAGCAGUUUCACUGUGCACACCAACACUGACGAACAGCGUCUGACCGCCGCCACCACCACCGGCGGCGGGGAGCUCCACCAUUACCCAUAACCCCCCUCUCCUCUGUACAGCACCGCUCUGCACUUUGACAC